AUGACUGUCAUGACGUUGAACGCUCGGAUGCAGCGUGACAAGCGCAUACGAGGCAAGUCGGUAGUCGAUCGAAAACGGAAACCAGCCAGUGACGUGACGAACAAGAACGAAAAGGUUGCGAGGCGACUCGAGCAAAGGGAUGAGGACGAACGCAACGAGGGCAACCAGGGCAAUGAGGACAACGAGGAAGUUAGACGAAAGCUACCAUUGGCGAAGGGGAACGGUCGCCGCGCGAAGCACACAUCUGAGGAAAAUAAUCCGCGUCAAAAGCACAAAUCAUCACGACGUGAUCGGCGCAAUGAGCUGAUCGGCGCUCGUUCGUUCGCAGCCGAAAACUCGAUCCGUAUCGGAUGGAUGGAUUUGCGUAUCGUCGUCAGCGGUGGCGUGCAGUCAGUCGAUCUAGUCGCCGGCAGUCGAGGAAGACACCUCUGGAAAGAAGUUUCGUUGGAGUUUCGCUGCUCAGCGUUGCUCAACACGUUAGUGGACAGUUGUUGUUGUUGUGAGCUGGUGAAAUUCAAUGAAAAGUUGGCUAAGUGCUAA